AUGGAUCACCAGGAGAUGCAGUCCGAGAAACUGCACCGACGGCUAACCCUCAACUACGACGACAGGACUGUUGCUCGCUCCUUUUCCGACGAGCUCAUGGACAUUUUUCGGAUUGACAACUCUGUCGCCGACCUCGACCAGAAAGUCGACACUAGACGAGCCAAGGUGAACCGCAACACUAUGGAGCUUGCCUCCCUCGAAGCCCGUCUCCGUGAGAUGGAGGAGCGUCUUAAGCAGAGCCAGCGCGUCCGUCCCGAUCUCGCCGUCAACACGUCCGACGUGUCCAAGCAGCCUCCCAGCCAUCCCCCGCCCCCGCCCCCGACCAAGGACGACAAGGCUCGCUCCCGUCCUGGCACUGCCCGUACUCCCCAGCACGCCCCCAGCGCUGGCAACAUGCCCCCUACGCCCGGCGGUAGCGAAGGUGAAUACUACAAUGCGUCCACUGGAAGUGAAAGCCAAAAAGAACAGAUUCGCUAA